UAGCAGCAACAACGGUGGCAGCGGUAGCGGUGGAAAGCAGGCAUCCCAUCGGCCUCGACCUAAGCCGAUCUCUCCUCGUUCCUCCUCUCCCUCUCCUCCUCCCAUUCGGGUUUGGUCUCGGUUUGUUCCCGGUGGUGGUGAUUUGGGAGGUCAAGUUGAUUCGGAUGAACUGAAUCUUGGUGAUUGGACAGGAUUGACGGGGUUUAAGGAAAAGAUUUAUUCGGAUUUGUCAAUUUUAAUGCAUUAAUAGAUAAUCGAAACCGGAAGGCUGCCUCUUUCCUUCUUUAGCGUUUGGAGAGUGGGAGAUAAGGAGAUCAUAAAUAUUUAUAGAGUGAGAAAUCUCCUUUCUUCUUCUUGUGCCGCAAUUGCUGUUCUUGUUUGGUCUCUAGUCGUGCUUCUUCUUAUUUGUGUCGUGUUUAUGGUGUUUAUUUGUGGAACACAAGAUGGAGAAGAGGAGUAGAGAGGUAAGAAAGGGAGGCCUGUUAGAAUAGUGAGGCAUAGGGAAAGGAAACGAUGGAGAUUACUGCGCGAAAGCACUCAUCGAAUCUGCAGUCUUUCCUCGCUCAUACCACGCCUUCAGUGCCUGUUUAUUCUCUCUCAAAGCCGAAUACACGAGACAAUAACUUUUGGCAACCAACUGGCAAGGACAGGUCGGAGUAUUUCACCCUUGGAGACCUCUGGGACCAAUAUAGUGAGUGGAGCGCCUACGGUGCUGGUGUUCCAAUCGUCCCUGACAACUAUGAGAAUGUAGUCCAAUACUACGUUCCAUACCUAUCUGCUAUCCAAAUAUACACUAACAAGUCUCUUCCUUGUUCAAGGAUUUCGCUGGAAGAAAGCGAGAGUGAAUCGUUUAGUGAUGACAGUGAGAGUGAAAAGAUGUCCAAGUCAUCAUCAGAUGCUUUGUCAGAAGAUUCUGAUGUUAGCCAGGAGAGUUCAUUGCAUUCAAAAGAAACCCUGGGGCAGCUUUACCUUCACUAUAUAGAAUAUGGUUCUCCUUAUAGAAGGAUACCCCUCGUGGACAAGGUAAAUGAAUUGGCAGAACAUUUUCCUGGUUUGAUGUCAUUCAAGAGUGUGGAAAUGUCACCAGCUAGCUGGAUGUCUGUUGCCUGGUAUCCAAUUUAUCAUAUUCCGAUAUGUAGAAAUGCUAAGGAUUUAUCGGCGUGUUUCCUGACUUACCAUACUAUAUCUGCAUCAUUCCAAGAUAAUGUUGGACAUGUGGAAAGUGCAAAGGACUUCUGUUCUACAAUAUCGAGAACAAACCGAAGGGAGCAAAAGAUAGGGAACAACUCAAUUACUCUGUCGCCAUUUGGUCUCUCCACUUACAGAAUGCAGGGGAGCCUAUGGAGAAACUCAGGAACUUCAGACAACGAAAUGAUAGGGACCCUCUACAAUGCCGCACAAUCCUGGUUAAACCAGCUUAGAGUUAAACAUCAUGACUUUGACUUCUUCACCACUCACUCAAUGUAAAUAGUUCCCCCUUGUAAGUUUUUGGAUGUCACCAUAGCAUCACUGGGCUGAAAAGACUGUAUUGCUGAAAAUUCUGUCUUCAAAUAACGUUGACAGGUUAUGGUGGAAUCAUCGGUUCUUUUUCGCUAAGGAGCCGAUGGUACACUGAAAACUCUGGUUAAAGAAGGUUGUGGAAUCAUCGGUUCUUUUUCGUUAAGGAGCUGAUGACACACCAAACUUGAUUGUAGGAUUUGGUUGUAAAAGUAGACCAUUUUGGAUUUGGACAUUUUGGUUUACACUACUAUAGAGUUUCUACCUGAGCCCAGAACAGAAAAAGUACAUUUCAGCUACAUUUGGUCUCUAUAUAUGCUCUUCAAAAUCACAUUUGUGCUUU